AUGUCUCUUCCCUCUAGGUAUGCCCCUGAAGGAUUAAGUGAAGAGGAUCAACUAAAAGUUAUUACACUGGGCGAAAUAAAGCCCCGUAAACCUAUAGAUUAUAAAUUAAGAACCAUAGAUGAUAGAGUACAACUGGCACUACACACGCACCCAAACACGUCAGAAGACAUUGAAAUGAUACCCAUUGAGGAUGGAAAAGAAGUAGACGUGAUAUCAGAAUAUAUUGAAUAUUUAAGAGGAAACUCAGUUUAUGAAGACAAGAAUGAAAUGGUCAUUGAAGAGUCGCCUGAAUUUGAGAUUGUGGGGGGAAAUAUUUCAUUUUUAGUUCUCGAUACAAAUUUUUUGAUUUCCCAUUUAAACAUUGUUGAUACUUUGAAAAAUAUCGCUUCUGAAUAUGGAUUGAAAUUGAUUAUUCCAGUAUAUGUGGUCCAAGAAUUGGAUGGGCUUAAGAAUUCAAAUCGUUUGCACAACAACUCAAAUGGGAAAUUCACGGGGGAGACGGUUUCUCAAUUAGCUAUAUGGGCAAAUCGAUGGAUAUAUCAAGCAUUAGCAGACUCCCUGGCAGUGGUAAAAGGACAAAAAUUGUCACAGAGAAUAUCAAAAGACCUAGUUAAAGAUGACGCCAUAUUUGAUUGUUGUUUAUAUUUUAAAAAGACCUACCCACAGUCUUUGGUGAUUUUAUUAUCCAAUGACAAAAAUCUUUGUGCAAAAGCUUUGAGUAAUGAUGUUUUAACAGUAAGUUUCCGAGAAAAUAUGAGUGGAAGAUUGAUUGCAAAUACUAUUUACGAAGAAAAUGUUGAAAGAUUUGGAAAGCUACAAACAAAAGUAGAGCCAGUGGCUCCAAAAAUCCAAAACCAUGUUUCUUCCGAGGUGGUAGAACCCUCCAAUGAGUGGGUGGAAAAGACACAGCAGAUUGAUGAAUUGACUACUUUUGAACAAGUUUCUGAAAAAGUAUACAACGAAAUUCAAAUGAUAUUGCUAGCUGCUUUAGACCAUUGUAUGGUUGCCGAGUAUGGUGAUGAUUUAGAUUUGAUUCGAGGGUAUGACAAAAAUAGUGUCACAACUAUCGAAGAUUGUGCCGAGUUAAUAAUUAGGUUUUGGAUGACAGUAUUUCUGCAAUACUUUGAUGCUACACCUGGUAAUUUUGUCCCAUUUCGCGAGACAGGAAAGGGAAGGAACUCCCGAAAGACACCUAUCCAUAUUUAUCAGCCAGAGGAUAGCAACGAGCUUCGUAAAUUUGUGACUUUUUGGACCACAGUACUCACAGUGAUUUAUGACGCUGUGAUGGAUUCAACGCAACAAGCAGCUUUGAAAUGGUUGAUAGCUCGUUGGAAUAAAAUGGCAGAUACUGUAUAG